AGAUGGCGGUAGUGCACCUUCACGCUUGUCCCCAAAAACAAACAAGGAAAAUGGAAGCUGGGACUGGCGGAAGAGCUCGUCUAAGGUUAUCUGCGCCAUCUGCGUGUUACAUGUUGCGAAUCUUGUUAUGUGUUGAGCUGAAACAGUGGGGCUUUGGAGGCGCCCGGCCUGUCUAAAGAAGAAGAUAACGGAAGCGGUUAGCUAAGUUAGCUUGUUGUUUUGGUGUAAGGUGGAUAUUUGAGACUCUACAGAAACAAUGGCUUCAGGCCAGUCUCUGAGAGAAUUUAUCUGCAAGCGACUUUCUGCUGCUGCUGAAGAAAUAUUCUCAGAGUUUGAAGAAACCAUCAUCCGGUACGAGAAAGAGAUCGCUCGUCAGCGCAGACUGCUGGAGCUCAGCUGGAACCCACAGAUCAACUUACACAGAAUAGAACUCCCACUGCAUGAUAUCAGGAAAGAGGAGGAGAUUCUGACUGACCAGCAGCUCUGGAGCCAGGAGAGGAGCUCCAGUUUGGACCUGGAAGAACCAGAACCUUUACAGGAGGGACUAGAAGCUCCACAGAUAAAGGUGGAGCAGGAUGAGCCAGAACUUUUGCAGAUUCUAGAACAAGAUGAGCUCAGCAUCAGUCAGGAUGAAGAUCAAUUAGUACUAAAGCAGGAGAUGGGUACCUCCCUUGUGACUCCUCCUGAAGAGGAAAGAGACCACGAUGACCCAGAACCAGUCAGCAACCAACUCCUUUUUUCAGCUUUUCCUGAGGCUGAGACUGGAGCCACUGCUCCUCAAGCAUCAACAGCCUGUCCAGAAGUUCUACGGGAUCAUGUCUGGGGAAUAAAGGAGGUUCUGACUGACCAGCAGCUCUUUAACCAGGGGGUGACGUCCAGUGUGGACCAGGAGGAACCAGAACCUCAGCUGAUCAACGAGACCCAGCAGGAACUCCGUAUCCAUCUGCACGAAGGGCCGUUCAUACUGAAGCAGGAAAAUGUUUUCCUUACGGCGGCUUCUCCUUCAGAAGAAACAGAUGAGAACCAACCCUUGUGUCAGAGUUCUACUGAAGCUGAGAACCAAGAUCAGGAUGGAUGCAGGAAUGAAAACUCGGACUCGAGCAGGAAUGAAGCACUGACACGGAACGAUCAGGGAGAUGGUCAGAAACUAAAGAAGCACAGCCGUGAGAAACGAGUCUCAUGUACCAUCUGUGGGAGAUCUUUCAGUGGAAAUCGAUGUUUAGGUAUUCACAUGAGAAUGCACAAAAGGAAGAAACCACAGCCAUGUAAAAUUUGUGGUAAAUGUUACUCUCUUUGGAAACCCUUCAAUGCACACAUGAUGGCUCACGAACGUAGAAAGGAAUAUCCGUGUGAGAUUUGUGGUGAACGUUUCUUCUUGAUUAGUAUUUGGGCUAGUCACAUGAAGACUCACACACGCGAAGAGCCACGGUCAUGUAUGUUUUGUGGUAAACGUUUCUUCUCAAAUCGUAAUUGGACUAGUCACAUGAGGACUCACAGGCUAGACGCCAUAUCCAUGUGAAAUCUGUGGUAAAUGUUUUUCUCAGCUUACUUGACUAAACACGAGGAAACUCAUUGCGGGCCAUGUUCGAGCUGUAGGAGUUUCAGAAAUUAUCUUUAAAUAGCAGGUUUGCCGAAAAACCUUUUUUAUUAUUUUUGAAAAUGAUCCGUCUGAGCCU